AUGAUCAAUGCCUGGUGGGUGCAGAUGCUCAUUCAUGCCCACCAGCACUAUCUUCUCCUCUGUGUCUUUGAGCUUGGCAACCUCCAUCCCUCCCAUCCCCUCCAGCUCCUUUAUGACUUCAAGACCCUCAAGAAGACUUGGGCAGGUGAUUUUGUGCAAGAGCAAAUCAACUUGUUCAUGCCUAUGCUGCAGGCAUAUGCCCACAUCCUUUGGGUGCAUGCACAGGCCAAGGAAACAUUCCUGACACGUACAUCAAGUGAUACAAGCUGGAUGGUGUCUUCAUCCUCGAGCCCCUCCUAUGGGAGGAUAUUCUCAAGAAAGACCCCCAAGGCAAACUCACCUUGGAAGGACUUGAAUAAGUCCAAGGUCUGGCUUGAGAUGGAGUGCAAAUGCAUCCAUGACAAGCACAUUGUGGCAGGGGGUGCUCCUUUCCCUUGGGAAAGGAACAAGAUCCACCCCUCUGUGAAGACAUGCAAGGAGCAGAGAUCUGCCAACACAGCAAAUCCCCAGAUGUGGGCCAAGGGCAAGCAGAAGGCCACCAACACCCUCAAGCAACUCCAAGGCAAUGAGCUUUUCACAGAGGCUGCCAUCCUCCACAAACAAUUCUAUAGCAAGGUUUGA